AUGUCUGGCGCAAGAACCCCAUCUAGAUCAUAUGAUAUGAUCAUGAAAUUAUUAUUAGUUGGAGACUCCGGUGUUGGAAAAUCUUGUUUAUUGCUUAGAUUUGUUGAAGAUAAAUUCAAUCCAAGUUUUAUCACUACCAUUGGUAUUGAUUUCAAAAUUAGAACUAUCGAAGUUAACGGUAAAAGAAUUAAGUUACAAGUUUGGGACACUGCUGGUCAAGAACGUUUCAGAACCAUUACAACUGCCUAUUAUAGAGGUGCUAUGGGUAUUAUUUUGGUUUACGAUGUUACUGAUGAAAGAACUUUUGCCAAUGUCAGAACUUGGUUUUCAACCGUUAACCAACAUGCCAAUGACGACGCCCAAUUAAUGUUGGUUGGUAACAAGUCCGAUGAAACUGAUAAUAGAGCUAUUACUAAACAACAAGGUGAAAGCUUGGCUAAAGAAUUGAACAUUCCAUUUAUAGAAGCUAGUGCCAAAACUAACGAAAAUGUUGAUGAAAUCUUUUUCCAAUUAGCCACAUUAAUCCAAGAUAAGGUGUCUCAAGAUCAAUUGAACAAUGAUGGUAGAGGAUCUCUUAACGUCAAUAAGGCUGCUGGUGCCAAGGCUGGAUGUUGUUAA